CAAGUGGGAUCCCCGAGAUUAUGCAUGAAUAGUUGAACCCAUAAUUGUCUGUGCUUUGCAUCCGUGCCUCCUGUCUUAGGCAACAAAUACCUGGCAUUGACCGGCGAUUAAGUUUUCAACUUAUUUUCGACAUAAUUUCAGUACUGUGGACAAGCUCGUUGGUUCGAUAAAUAGUGAGGGCUGCUGGAGCUGUGCCUCAUCUCUUAAAUUAUUGCUUUAUUAUUUUCUCCGUAGAACAGGUUGAACAAAUGGAGACUCAGGUGACCAAGAUCCCUCAAGUGAAACUGAGAUCAUCCUCGGGAAAUCGGGACAUGCCAGUGAUGGGUUUGGGCACAGCUGCAGACCCAUUUAUCGAAUCCGCCAUGAAAGCAGCGAUCCUUGAUGCCAUCAGCCUUGGAUAUAGACAUUUUGACACCGCCUCCAUGUACGGCUCAGAGAAUGUUCUUGGGGAAGCUAUUGCUGAAGCACUUAAACUUGGCCUUAUAGCUUCUCGACAGGAUCUCUUCAUCACUUCAAAGCUAUGGUGCAGCGAUGCACAUAGUGAUCGUGUUGUCACUGCUCUAAAUAAUUCUCUCAGUAAUCUUCAAUUGGAGUACGUGGAUCUCUAUCUCAUUCACUGGCCUGUCAGUUCUAAGCCAGGAAGGUAUGAGUAUCCAAUGCCUAAGGAGGAGCUUCAACCAAUGGACUACAAGUCUGUGUGGGCAGCCGUGGAAGAGUGCCAGAGGCUUGGCCUCACAAAGUCCAUUGGAGUCAGCAACUUCUCUUGUAAGAAGCUAGAAACUAUAUUAGCCUCGGCUACCAUUCCUCCUUCAGUAAAUCAAGUGGAGUUGAGCCCAGUAUGGCAACAGAAGAAGCUUUUAGAAUUUUGUAAGACCCACAAUGUCAUUGUUACUGCUUUCUCUCCUUUGGGAGCAAAAGGUGCCAACUGGGGCAGCAAUCUUGUUAUGGACAAUCAAGUGCUGAAAGAGAUAGCAGAGAAGCAUGGGAAGACUGUUGCACAGGUGGCUCUGAGAUGGAUAAUUGAGCAAGGGGCAACUCUUGUAGUAAAGAGCUAUAAAAAGGAAAGGCUAAUGGAGAAUAUGGAGAUAUUUGAUUGGGCACUGACAAAGGAAGAUAAGGAAAAGAUCAGUCAAAUACCACAGCAAAGAAUCAUGCUUAAAGAGGAAUUUAUCUCGCCUGAUGGGCCAUUCAAAUCUAUUGAAGAGCUGUGGGAUGGGGAGCUUUAACGUUAAAUAUAUGAAGUAUAAGCAUGCACAGAGGGCUAUAGUCUUAAAAAUAAGAUGGUUGUGUUGUGUGGUUGUAUUCUAUGCUAGUAACGUUGCAGCCUGUAAUGCUUUCUAUCCUGCUGUUGCUGUAUUCUAUGUUUUCACGGAUGUUCUCAGUUGCUCGGAAUUGUUUCCUUAUUGAAUUUAUCGCCAAUUUAAUGGGUUGUCUUA